UCUUUUGGGAUCCAGUACUUCCACUUCCACCUGCAGUUGAGUAUGUACCAGCUGUUCCUAAUCCUCUUGCAACUGAAACUGCGCCUGUUAAUUUUACUAUUGAUCUGUAUCAAGUUCAACAACUAGUUUUAAGUGAACAAGAUAAUGCAUAA